AUGGCGAAGAAGCAUCGAGUGAAGCGGCAAAAGUACGUCGAGCACCUGCGCCGCCUAGAGAAGGAAAGGGAUGAGUACCUGGCAAAGCGCAUACGUUCCAAGCGAAGCCGCGAGAAGCGUAAUGAGGAGGACAUCUUCGCCGAGGCCAAAGACGACCGCGCGAUGGGCGAGAGGAAGCGUGAGCGCAGAGAGGGGCCCGAUAGAAAGCAGGCGAUAGUUCCUCCGCACGAGGAAAAGGCGAAGGCGGACGUGGGUGAUGCCUCCGUCGAGCUGAACAAGGCGGAGAGUAACGGGAAGGAUGCCGCGUUGCCGGCAGCGAAGGCAGCGGGGAAGCGACUCAACCGUAGGUACUAA